CUAGGCAUGCAGACUGCUUCUACAAAUAUUUGUGAAAGAAUGGAUCGCUCUCGGGAGCUCAGUGAAUUCAAACGUUGUACUGUGAUAGGUUGCCACCUGAGCAAUAAGUCCAUCUGUGAAAUUUCCUGGCUACUAAAACUUCCACAGUCAACUGUUAGUGGUAUUAUAACAAAAUGGAAGCAACUGGGAACAACAGCAACUCAUGUAAAAUGACAUAGCGGGCAGUGGAGACGUAUUCUCUGGUGUGACAAAUCAAACUUCUCUGUCUGGCAAUCCGAUGGAUGUGUCUGGGUUUAGUGGUUGCCAGAUUAAAAGUACUUGCCUGACUGCAUUUUGCCAUGUGUAA